AACGUAUCCUUCCUGAUCACUAUCUUAUAUAAUCACGUGUUAACAGAGGAGCAGAGGAGGAGAGGGAGAUAAUAGAGAGAGAGGGAGAGAGAGGGGAGGUGGAAGGGAGACGCACAGGGAGGUCGGUCCGAACCUGAUGGCCGUGGAUUGAUCUGAGGACCGACCAAUCAGGUGCCUUCCUCGGCUCGAGCCGCCGCAGUAGCCGGGCAGGAUUGGAGGACGCUCCGGAGGAGAGAUGCGCACACGAGCCCCGGCUCUGCUCGCUCGUCCCGUUGCCCGCAAACACACACACACACACACACACACACACAGGCACACACACACGGGGAGAAAGAGAGAGUAUCGGCUCUCCACAAGCCGUGCAGCUCUGGAGAGGAUGGCAGCGGCUGCGGGAGGAAACUGAGAAAAGAACCGGGAGGAAAAUGAGGAACAAACUCAAAGUCGCGCGUGUUUUUCACCGUUAAUAAGCGGCGUGUGUCCAGGAGAGUGCACGCGGACAGGAAAUCCAGAAUGGCCUCUGGGAUUAACCUCUGCUCUUGGUAGAACUACCCAGAAGUUCACAUCAAUUUGCACAGAUCUCACAGUCUGGGAAAUUCCAUAAUGUAAAUGCAUCUUGCUCUUUUCUUUUUUUUUUGGUGAAACCUUCGGCUUUGGGCCAUGAACCUUAGAGGAUCUACCAGGACCGCUAUUUCCUUCAUUUGGAUCUAGAUUCCUCUUUUGCCUGGACUACAGCACGGGCCUGCAGCGGUGGCUAGUGGUGGCGGCUGCGGCGGCGGUGGUGGAAGGACCUUACCACCUUGGAACACGGGGAUAACUUUACAAAAGCAAGCGCCACUAUGAGGAUAUCCACCACCUCGUGUCUUUGUCCCUUUCUGGUCUGCCUCUGCUUCAUACAGAGGUGCUAUGGGGCGAGUCACCACGUCCCCGCCAAAGUGCCCUCCAAGAACCAGACCAAACUGGCCAACGGGGAGACGGAGGUGCACCACAGGCCCAAGCGUGGCUGGAUCUGGAAUCAGUUCUUUGUUUUAGAAGAACACAUGGGACCAGAAGCACAGUAUGUUGGAAAGCUUCACUCAAACUCAGAUAAAGGCGACGGAUCCGUCAGGUACAUUCUGGACGGGGAAGGAGCUGGAACUAUAUUUAUCAUCGAUGAAGUGACAGGAGAUAUUCAUGCCACUAAGAGCCUGGAUCGGGAAAGGAAAGCACAUUAUGUUCUGCAUGCACAAGCUUUGGACCGCCACACAGAGGAGGCCUUGGAACCAAAGUCGGAAUUCAUCAUCAAAGUACAAGACAUCAAUGACAAUGCACCCAAAUUUCCAGAUGGACCCUUUGUAGCUACGGUGCCUGAAAUGUCUGAAGUGGGCACUUCUGUGUUGCAAGUCACCGCGACUGAUGCUGACGAUCCCACCUACGGAAACAGUGCCAGGAUAGUCUACAGUAUUCUACAAGGACAGCCAUAUUUCUCCGUCGACCCCAAAACAGGAAUCAUCAGGACUGCCUUAGCUAACAUGGACCGGGAAGCCAGAGAACACUACACUGUUGUUAUCCAAGCCAAAGACAUGGCAGGCCAGGUCGGAGGCCUCUCUGGCUCAACCACCAUCAACAUCACUCUGACAGACAUCAACGACAACCCGCCCAAGUUUCCCCAAAAAAAUUACCAACUGUACGUCCCUGAAUCGGCUCAAGUGGGGAAACCGGUCGGGAAGAUCAAAGCCAAUGAUGAGGACCUCGGCAUCAAUGCAGACAUCAAGUACAGCAUCAUUAACUCGGAAGGGGCCACUAUGUUCUCCAUAUCCAUGGACAGAGACACAAGAGAGGGCAUCAUCAGCCUUAAAAAGCCUCUGAACUACGAGAGAAAGAAGACCUACACCCUCCACAUCGAGGGGGUGAAUACACAUGUGGAUCCUCGUUUUUCCUAUCUCGGUUCCUUCAAAGACACUGCCACGCUUAAAAUCACAGUUGGGGAUGUGGACGAAGCCCCUGUCUUUUCUAUAGAUCAUUAUAUCAUGGAUGUGUACGAGAACGCACCGGGUGGCACAGAGGUGGGCGCUGUAACGGCUCGAGAUCCUGACAGCAGGAACAGUCCUGUCAGGUAUUUCUUGGACAGCAAAGAGGAAGUAAGGAACUUCAGAAUCGAUGAAAGCAGCGGUGUUAUACGGACGACACAACCUCUCGACAGAGAAGACAUGUCUUGGCACAACAUCACCGUGAUGGCCUCGGAGAUCGACAACCCCGGCCUUCUCAGUCACGUCCCUGUUACCGUCCAGGUGCUGGACGUGAACGACAAUCCGCCAGAAAUAGCCACGGACGAGGAAGUCAUCGUGUGCGAGAGCUCAAGGCCGGGACAGGUGAUCCAGACUGUCACAGCGGUGGAUAAGGAUGACUUUGCCAAUGGACAGCGCUUUUCCUUCGCUUUGCCCAGCCAGCUCCCGGUUAAUCCCAACUUCACCCUGAAAGACAAUGAAGACAGCACGGCCAGCAUCAUUGCCAGGCGACGGCGUUUCAACCACCUGACCCAGGAGCUGUACGAGCUGCCCAUCGUCGUGUGGGACGGCGGGGAGCCGUCGCUGAGCGGCACCAGCACCUUGACCCUGCGGGUGUGCCCGUGCCAGCGCCACGGCAGGAUCCGGAUGUGCCAAGGCGAGGCGUUCCUGUCCUCCGCGGGUCUCAGCACGGGGGCACUGAUUGCCAUCCUGCUGUGCAUCGUCAUCCUGCUGGCCAUUGUGGUUCUCUUCAUCACUUUGAGGCGGAGCAAGAAAGAGCCUCUUAUCAUCUCCGAGGAGGACAUCCGAGAGAAUGUGGUCACCUACGAUGACGAGGGCGGAGGCGAGGAGGACACCGAGGCCUUCGACAUCAUCGCGCUUCGCAAUCCAGCCGCCGCCGAAGAGCUUAAGUUCCGGCGGGACGUACGACCGGACGUGAGGCAGCGCUGUGGCGCGUCCCGCAGCUGCCGGAGCCCGUCGGUGGAGCUGGACGAGGUGGACGUGCACGAGUUCAUCAAGCAGAGACUGGUGGAGGCCGACAUGGACACCAGCGUGCCGCCCUACGACUCCCUCCAGACCUACGCCUACGAGGGCCAGGGCUCACCCACAGGAUCCAUCAGUCCUUUAGACUCUCCCGGUACGCAAUCAGAGCAGGAUUAUAACUACCUGGACGACUGGGGGCCCGAGUUCCAGAAACUGGCAGAACUCUACGGAGAGGCAGAUUCAGAUGUGACGACCUAGUCUGUGAUUUCACCACUGUUCAAACCAAAUCUGUUUGAAAUCCGUUUUUCAAGUUUUCAGUGAACAAUAUAAACAGAUGCUUUCAAACUGUCGUGGUGGUUUUCAACUUCUACUGUUGAGCUAAAAAGACUGCCCUAUUUUUUUUUUUUCCCUUUCCCCUUUUUCAUUUUGUCGCUUUGGAUCAUGGGUCGUUCAUCUGGAAGAUAUUAAAAUCAGAUUAUGGGAUGGAAGAACAACAAUAUGGGGAAAAAGGAAAAUAUUUUCCUUGGUGUAUAUUUUUUAUUGCUCAAUAAAGUCCUGAAAUCCAUAUGAGUGGAUAUGUGAAAGAAUUGUACGUGUCUUCUUCCUCCAAGAAUGGAUAUACAGGGCAGCUUGCAGUUAAGAUUGUGAUGGUGGGAGGCAAAAAGGUGUUCAUGAUUCACCACGCAGAGGAUGAUGCUGAGCCAGCCACAUGCACAAGAACGACACCUCCAGUCAGAUGAGCUUAGAGUAUGUUUCGUGUCAUUCAUUCCGUGUUGUCGCAAUCUCUGGAGCGCUCGCUGAAAAUAUGGGAAUACAUGUGCUUCUCUGAUAUGAGCUGAAGAGAGGCAUGGCAACGCAGAAUGACACUUCUAAAACACAAUUAGCAUAUUAUGUAAUUAUUAUAUUUAGCAGGUCAGGUGUAUGUAA